AGCUGAACUGUAACCCUUGCCCCGCCCCCUCGGUUCGCACACGUGGUUGAUGUUUGCAGCAUGGCUUCGUCAGCUAAGAGACGAGCGGUAGGUUUGGGCGAAAACCCCGAGGAGAGUGGAAACAGCUCGGACGAGAACACGGAGGACGAUGCGGACUCUGGGGAGGAGGACAGCGACGAUUCGGAGGAGGAAAUCAACGAAGAGGUCAUCGUGGACUUUGAAGCCCAUACCAUCUCAGACAACGACUUCAAUGGGAUCAAGAAACUUUUGCAGCAGCUCUUCCUGAAGGCCCAUGUAAACACAUCAGAGAUGACAGACAUCAUCAUUCAGCAGAAUCAUGUUGGAAGUGUCAUAAGGCAAGCAGAAGUGCCAGAAGACAGUGAUGAUGACAGCGACCCAGAUGAGGUGUUUGGUUUCAUCAGUAUGCUGAACCUCACAGAGAGGAAGGGGGUCCAGUGUGUGGAGGAGGUGAAGGAGCUGAUCAUGGAGCAGUGUGAGAAGAACUGUCCACACAGCAUGACCGAGCAGCUGGAGCAGAUCCUCCAGGACACCAGCAAGCCCGUGGGGCUGCUGCUGAGCGAGCGUUUCAUCAACGUGCCUCCGCAGAUCGCCCUGCCGCUGCACAAACAGCUCCAGGAGGAAAUGGCAGAAGCUCAGAGGACAAAUAAGCCCAGUGGCAGGUGUCAUUACUGCCUGAUGAUCAGCAAGACCUGCAAAGAGGCGACCAAGAGCAUCCCAGCCAGAGGAGGGGCUCCCAAAGAGGAGCUGAUGUUUGUCAAUGCAGAGGAGGAGUUCUUCUAUGAGCAAGCCACCAUGAAGUUCAACUACUCGGUCCAGGAAGAGGCAGACUCCUGCUUGAGCGGCAGGUGGUCGUUCGACGACGUGCCCAUGAAGCCGUUCAGGACAGUGAUGCUGAUACCAGCAGACAGAAUGCCUGCCAUCAUGGACAAACUCAAAGAAUACCUCACCAUGUGAACCUCCCAAUAAACCAAGACCAUGUGCACACACAACAACUGUGGACUUGUGGAAACGGUUCGAUAUACUCAGAAGAAAUGUUUUCGUAUUCCUUCAUUAAUGAUGUAAUACAGUUAUAAGACACCGGUAAACCAUGUAUGAACCAUUAUAGUAGUAGUUUUCUAUAUCAGUGGUUCUAAAAAUGCUUUUGCUUUAGUUUCUUUUUUUUUUUAAAUCCCUUAUUUACCUCAGAUACUAUCUGAAAGUAAAAAACUGUCGACCUUGUUCAUACUGCAAAAAUAUAUUUACAAUUGUGGUACAUCAUCUGCACAUGAAACAACAUAAUUGGCAUUACAUUAAAUAGUGAUGUUUUCUGCAAUCGGAAUUUUCUAUAAUAACAAGGUUAUUAAACAAGACAAUUUACAUUAA